AUGCCAGGAUUCGGUCUCUUGCCGAAGGAAUACAACGUGCGGAUCCAUGGGGCUUAUUUUCCUGGAUAUUUUUAUGGCAAACCGGACACACCUAUAAUGGAUGUCAAAAUUGGGGAACUCCCGGCAUGGUUAUCACGACGAAGUCGUAAUCCUGCGGAUUGGGCGCGCGCAAUAGCCCGCUUUGGUUGGCGGUACACUUUCAAAUGGAUAGCCUGCAAACAACUAACGUUUGCUCCUGUUUUUCAGUUUGCAGUCGUGUUGGGUGCGAAAUCUGUCGAACACAAUCUCCUGGCCCUCCAGGUUGGGGGUUGGAACAUGUGCAGCAACGUGUUCCGUAAAGGUGGUAAUGAACUUGUAUUUCCAGCCCAACACCACUGCCUUGCGGUUAUGCUUUUGAGCCAAAGCCUUUGGUUGGGGACCCUAAUCGUCUUUUCUAGGUGUGGGCGCCCUGGAGGUAUUCCAGCCCUUGUACAACAGCUAGCGACACUCAUGCAACAUCGACCGUCGUGCCGGAUCGCCUUACUUGCUUGCUACGGCAGGGCGGGCAAGCGAAAACAUGCUACUGCUGACGCCUCCCUUCUUACACUUUCACGUUUUCCGUCUUCCACUCUCCCCCACCCAAAUUUGAAUACUUUCUCCGAAUGUCCCACUACUAGGACUGACCGUUUUGCUCACAAUUGCAGCACACUUGGCUGCACGUUCUUGACAACCCAAAACACUUCGAGGUCUGUUUCCAAACCCCGAAAGCCUGUCUACUUAGCUGCCUCUAAUGUUCACCCACUGGAGCAAUCCGGUCAGCAGGUGGCUCUUGCUUGUGCACUGCAUUCCCUCUGCAUUGAUAUAUGUUACCUGUCAGAAACAAGGACGCAGGAUGCAAAUCCCGCUGCGCUCCUCUGUGAUGCAGAGGUCACUGCAGCUGGGUAUGCUGGGGUGGGUAUCGUAUUGAGCGACCGAGCGGAAGCGUCUCUGCUCGCUUUUUACGAACUUCCAGAACAGCGGAAAUCGCUUGACAACGUGGUGCCCACCAACAGACCGGCCCCGAAUCCAAACAAACCACAUCAGUCAGUUAUCGGUGACAAUCACCGCCUGCCUCUUCUUCUGGAACACUGGCGUGGACGCCGACCGUACACUUGUACGCUGCUACUUUUAAGUCUACGUAAAACGAGCACACAUUGCAUAGCCACUGAUAAGCCAGUGGAUCCAAAAAUCAAACGAAGCUUUCAGGACCGUCCGGACCGUCAUAUGUCGAAUUUUGGUAAUGUAUUGAAAUAUGGUAGCUCGGGUGACUGUAACACCUUUUCGGUGCCUAGCUGCCAUGCCACCAGAAGGAAGCACGACGGCUGGGAUUGCCCAAUCCUAGACAGGGGAAGUCGAGAGGUAGUGGUCGGGUUCGAACCACGAACCCUGCGGGCCAUCUCGCCCCUGGUAAUAUGUUUGCAGGCCAAUCACCAACAACCAAUAUGUAUAAUAUCGAUGGUCAGUGGGUACGGAUAUCCACAGUGCUACUCAGAGCCGGAGCUUCCAUUUGAGGUACAUCCCAGCAACCUCACCCAAACAUUGAAUCUCUAA